AUGACAAGUGCCGCCUCUUCGUCUAUCGCGUCUGAGCCAAUUUGUACUUCGUCAAGCGAGAGGUUGUCUGAGAACGAACGAUUUAUAGAUAAUGAACACGAUCCACUGAUACCGAGUCUUCAAGAUGUACACCACACAUUUCAGCAAGGCGAAGCCACAUGGAAGUUCUUCCUAAGUCAAGCAAAGGCGAUACCCAAAGGCCUUUGGCCGAAAGAUGCACUUGAUCCAUACGUUACUCUUGUAGACGUGCCCGGUCUACCAGCCAACCUACCACGCCGCAAAGUCAUUCGCGGUAGACCUUGCUGGGAGUUUUCGCGCGACAUUGGGGUCACCGACUGUCAGAGCGAUACAAGCCUGAGGCUUGGUCAACUUACUACAUUUCAACUGCUCAUCGACGAUCCAAUUGCGUGUGCUGUAGGCCCGGACGCAGCGUCAUACGCUUGCACCAAUUCUGAAACAACAGAAAGCCUUGCGGUAUUGGUCAUGUGUUGGUCAUACAUCCUCUCGGUGCGAUUGUUUGAAAUGCAAGGCUUUGGGGUUCGAUAUACGGACCAUCGUUUGUGGCCUAUUCUCCCCCAAGACCAAGAAGAAACCACAGCCGACAUUAAUCUCAAGGGCGCAUCGCCUGGGCUUAUCAGGUGGCUCUGCGCUAUUCUUAGCCCUGCUAUGGGUUGGCAGGCUAGGGGUCAUAAUCAUUUUCCACCAUAUGGCUGCGGAUGUUUGCACCCCCCCCCAAGCUCUGCCGAGGCCAUGGAGCUUCUCAUUGAGCUGUGUCGGUUGUUUAACUCGAGAGCAGACUCUACGCUCUCUUAUUUAGAGCCUAUGCCACCUUACAAGGCAUCAUUCCUAGCUGCACUCGCACUUCCUUUCUAUAGAUUUAUGAAACUUCAGCCACAGCUACCACGGCCACAUCUCAUCAAACGAAGCAGCAAACCCUUGAACAGCGCCCAUAAAAAACAGAUUCGUGGAUAUCUGCUUCAUAUACGUUACUUUAUGACUCUAAGCGCCCACCCCCCUUCUAUCGGAUCCAUUCUAUGGAGCAUCUUCUGGCAGCCGGAUAUCAAUUGCAAUCUAGUUGGCCCAUGGCUCGGAUCAGUCUUGCAUGUACUGGAGCCUAUUCUUGUACCUAAUGAGGUUGAGGUUCUGCUUAAAGUCUUAGUUUCGCGCCGUCCUAGAAUUGGAAUCUGGUGGGUUUCUCUCUUUCUCUUAGGUGAUCUGGCUCUCCUUGACUGGAUUAAGCGAUACACAACUAGGAUGGAAGAAAAGUACGGCUUUGGAACCUUAUCAUCCCCAGAUCCAAUGGUAUCAGCCUGGACGGGGUCUAAGCAGUCAUUUCUCGACUUCGACAAUGAUUGCCUUUAUCCAAAACUAUCUGAUUUAGUGUCAACAGUCGAUCUCCUUCGGUGCCGUUUCGAUUUCAAACUUCAGGACACAACGUCUACAGCCUUAUCCUGGAGACCUUUUGGUUGUAUGGAAAAAUGUCUGGUUGAGCUUGAGAUCUGGCCGCAGUUGGAAAGCACGUAUACCCGCAGGUAUAGCGCAUUUGUAUGGUACCCUGAGAAGAACUUUGACAAGGGUUUCCGAGAAAAUACAGGACAACAUAUAAUGGACGUGCCAGACAAUUUGGCAAUACGCACUUCCAUUGAGCAAGAAAACAACCACCCUCUCAAUAUGCGACCAUCCAAGAGAUCGACAUGUGAAAUGAUAGAGCAUCUAGUGGAGGACGCUGGAGGCAGUCGCAAUUGGGCAAAUGCUGGUUUGCCGGUGCUGCGUACUCGGCUCAAAUGGCUACACGAUUGGGAAGGCCUCGACACAAUGGAUGGUCCAGUGGUGGAAAAGGAAGAGACCCGAACGCCGUCGUGGUUUCUCGAGAGUUGGAUCAACGGGAAAUUCUGCUCAGAAUCCCAUGGCAUCGAAGAAUCUGUGGACUAA